UGCAAAUGAAAACAAACAAUUUUCCUGUGAGAAACGCGAUCUAGACGAAUCUUCUACAGGCGGAAUCUCCAGUACGAACGGGAGCGCAAUUUUGCAUUACUAAGAAACCCGGAUCGCAAUCAAAACUCAAAGAUGACGUCCAAAGUACUGCUGAACAAAUUUUCUUCCUCCAUUCGCCACGUUUACGUGGUUAAUUUGGUUCCCUCGCUGUCGUUCUGUUCCACAAACAAACCGCAGUCGACCGAUGCUCCGGUUACCCCGCGGAUGGAAGAGUUCCAGAAGAAGCUGCGCGAAAAAACGCCCAUCGGAAAGCUGGAUGAAAUUGUCGGCAAGCAUCCGUACCAGGAGAAGGAACCACUGCAAGCGUGGCCAAACAACACAAAUCCCAGCACCGGCGAAAUCGGUGGUCCGCGGGGACCGGAACCGACACGUUACGGCGAUUGGGAGCGAAAGGGAAGAGUGAGCGACUUUUAAAGCGACCGAUGAUUAUAAAUUAUUGCAUAUGUUAUAGGCACACAGUUAGGCCUUGUUUUAAAAAGGCAUUGUCGUUAGGAUGUCAUCAAGUUAAAGACUAAUAGUUGUAGGCGCAUGUUUCUGAUUGCACAAUAAAUGGGAUGUGU